CACAUGUGCAAAUAACUCGCACUGCUCUCGAUCUUCGUUCUUUUCUUCUCAUCAACUCUGUUAUCUGGUGCGAACGAAAACAGAAUGUCUGUCCACCCUGCUAUUGCCGCCAAUCACCUCGCCGUCAUCACGGGCGGUGCCUCUGGCAUUGGUCUGGCGGCCGCCACGGCUUAUGCGUCCAAGUUCGGCAUGAAUGUCGCCAUCGGUGACAUUGUCCCCGACGCCGAGCUGCAGCGGGCUGUCGCCGCGGUCCAGUCUGAAGCCAAGCAAGGAUCCAAGGUCUUCGGGCACAACGUCGAUGUCGGCGACCGCAAGAGCGUCGAAGCCUUCAGCAAGGAGGUCCAGACGGCAUUUCCCUCUUCUCCCUUGACGGUUCUCAUGUCCAACGCCGGCGUGGGGGGACCCACAAAGGCAUCGGACUGGGCUGGCUGGGAGCGUAUCUUGCACGUCAACAUGUACGGUGUCAUCAACAGCGUCCAGACAUUCUUGCCCCAGAUCAAGACGCACAAGCAGCCGUCCCUCAUCAUCAACACGGGAAGCAAGCAGGGCAUCACGACGCCGCCGGGCACGGGUCCCGCGUACAAUGCAAGCAAGGCCGUCGUCAAGGUAUUUACUGAGCAGCUGGCCGCCGAGAUGCGCGGGGACGCCACGACAAAGGUCAUUGAGCCCAAACUCCUCAUUCCUGGCUGGGUCUUUACUGGCCUGACUGGCGCCAAGGACGGCAAGGCAAAGCCUGACGGAGCCUGGUCGGCCGAGCAGACGGUCGACUACAUGUUCGACCAGAUCAAGAAGGGUAGCUUCUACAUUCUGUGCCCCGACAAUGAGACUCCGAAGGAAACAGACCUUAAGAGAAUGGAGUGGAAUGUCAAUGACGUCCUUCAGGACCGCCCUCCCCUUUCUAGGUGGCAUCCAGAUCACUCUGAUGCUUUCAACGACUUUAUGAAAAAGUAACGGAUAGCAUUGGAAAUACCAUUAGGCGAACACCUUGUCUCUGCUAAGCUCGUCGACUUUGCGCUCGUCUUGAAGCUUUUGCCGCUUUGCCUUGAGGUUGUGUUGCGCUGCCGUCCGAUCGCGGUACUCGUCUCCCUUUUUUCUUCGGACGUUGUGCCUGACAGCGUUGGGCGAGAUGUACUCUGGGUUCUCAUACACAGUUGCGCCGCCAAAGCUGCCCUCA